GAAAGGUUAACGCCAGGUAAUGCUAGGUGAUGCUAGGUAAUGCUAGAUUUGUUGAGUUUUUGCUGAUAACUAUAUUCAGAACAAGGAAAACACUGUUCCGAAUAAUUUUGUAUCGUUGUCGUUAUCCUAUCAGUAGUUAAUCCGUUAAAAUAAAAUGUCCAACAACAGUUCGAAUGGUGAAAUACGAUCCCCGCAACAACGUAAAGAAACUUUAAGAAAAAUCAUAACCAGAGCUGCAUCCCUUCAGGAGACAGUCGAUGACAAUACGAUACAAACUUUGGAAUCAUGUAUGGAAAUAACAGAUGACAUAAAUUCCGAGACAAGCCUAGAUGAAAAAAUACAUAAUCAGGAAGAAGUAUUACUGGACUCAGAAAUGAUGAACAUGUCUUCAAAUAUUCUGAAAAAGUGUACUCGUACUUUAACAAAGAAUAUAUGUUAUUAUAAUCAUAUUGAUUAUGCACAGAAAGUGGUAAAAUAUAUAAAACAACUUCCAGAUAUUCAGUCAGAAUUACCAGAUUGGUCACUUGUACAAACACAAAUUGUAAAAAAUAUUAAAACAACACCUCAGUACAGCACAUUAUUAGGUGCUUUAACACCAUUAGAAAAGCAAGAAGUUAAUAGAAGAAAACCAGUAGUCAGAGAAGCUUUGGCACAGAUAAAAAGACCACAAAAUGUUGAUACAGUUGAUAAAGAAGAGGAAGGUAUAGAGCAAACUGUAAAGAUAAAAGAUUUUAUUACGCGAUAUUGUAGAACUCAGCACAAACCUAUCGACUUUUUUAAAUUGAUUUUACACCCAACCGAUUUUGGGAAAACAAUUGAAAAUAUGCUGCAAAUAUCUUUUCUUGUUAGAGAUGGAAAAUUAAAAAUUGCAAAAGACGAUUUUGGAAUAUUAGUAAUUCAACCAUGUACAAAAGAUACGAUAGUUCAAACCAAGGCGACCGAAAAACCAAACAUUCAAAAUAUUAUCUCUUUAACCAUGGAUCAGUGGAAGAUGCUGAAAAAUAUUUAUCGAUUGAAGAAACCUAUGAUUGAUUUCCAUAGCGACUGAUUUAAUUUGAACGUGGCCGUAAUAAAAAGUAAUUGCAUAAUUUUCUAUCCUUAUUUUUUUCUUAAGAAAUGUUAUUGCGAGAAAAAAUAUAUUUUUAUGUAUUUGUAUUUCUAAUCCCAUCCUAAAUAAAAAAAAGGUUUUACGAAAACGAAA